ACUCUUUUCAUUUUCCAGCGCUGAAGUUGGGAGAGUCGACUCUUAGAGGGACUGACUCCCAGCCCUGAGAAUUAACGCGGAGAGGUAGCGCGCUUGGGAAACUUUUUCUCUGCCGGAUAAUUCAUACACAAAACAGGGUCACAGUAUGUUUAAGGCAGUGCUAAAAAUGAACAGAGACGGAGGGAAGGGGAGCAAAAAGGAGACAGUCGGGGAGCCACACUUCCUUGGUGCACAGAGGAGAGGACAGGGAGGUGGGGUGCAGGAUCCUAGCACUGCCAUUGCUUGCCCUCCUGAUGAUGGGUUGCUGUCACUGUCUAAAGCUGUGUCCGUGUCACUGCCAUCCUCACCCCUGUUGCCCCGACAGAACUACAUGAUGCCUUCACGCUCCUGCAAGAAAUCUCCAGGACCCCUCAGGAAACCUAAAUAUGUGGAGAGUCCUCGAGUUCCAGGAGACAGCAUCUCAUCUGCACUGAGAAAAGAUGAGCCAACCGUUCCUGGCUCCUCCCCCGCCACUCAGGAGUUGAUGACACGCUUGGGCUUCUUGCUGGGUGAAGGCAUCCCGGGCUCUACACGCAUACCUAUGGACGAGAAGAAUGAAAAGAAGUGCUCAGUGAAUCAGGGGGUGAGUCCUUGCUCCACUCUGACCAGUAGUACAGCGUCUGCAUGUACAGACAGCCCAUGCUCCACUCUGAACAGCAGCUCCACUCGUCCCAAUGCCAGCCAACGCAGCCCCAGCGGCACAAUCACCAGCCCCAGCUCCACGCUAGAGAGCAAGGACAGCGGCAUUAUAGCUACGAUCACCAGCUCCUCUGAGAAUGACGGGUCAAGUCUGGAGUGGAGUAAGGAAGGCAGUGUGAGAAUUCCUGGGCAUCAUGCGCUGGCACCGCCCACCAUGCGCACAGAAACCUGCUCUCCUGUGGCCGAGGAAGAAGUGCCCACUUCCUACACAGCGGUCUCUGGGGCCAUCAGGAAUGCAGCCACAGCAACAACAGGGUCUGUGGCGUCCGGGUUUAAUGCUGAGGGACCAGUCCACUAUCCAACACAGAACUCCUCUAGCCUUAUGAUGCCCAGACCCAACUCAGUGGCAGCUACCAGUUCUACUAAACUGGAAGACCUGAGCUAUCUUGAUGAACAGCGUAACACACCACUGCGCACCUCCAUACGCAUGCCGUGGCACAACACUGGAGGAAGGCCACCCUAUGACAAAGCACGCUUCGCUCCAUAUAAGCCUGCGGAUAUCAUGCUAAAGCCUCUUCUGUUUGAGGUUCCGAGCAUCACUACGGAUUCAGUGUUUGUGGGUCGGGAUUGGCUGUUUCAGCAGCUAGAAGAUGUGCUGAUCGGCAGCCAAUCAGGAGAGAGUUGUGGGGCCACAGUGGUGGGUAAUGUGGGCUUUGGUAAGACGGCCAUCAUCUCCCGCCUGGUGGCCCUCAGCUGCCAUGGAGGCCGUAUGAGACAGAUCGCCUCCAACAGUCCUCACGCAUCUCCAAAAAGUGGGAAUCAGAGUUCAGAGUUGCCCCUCAGCCAGCCCCCACAGGUCACUCCUCCCUCCACCAGCACCAACACCCUGCAGUCCAGCAGCUGCCCCAGUACACCUGAGCUUCGCCGGCACAGAGAGGAGGCUGUGAAGCGGCUGGCUGCCAAGGUGGUGGCUUACCAUUACUGCCAGGCUGAUAACACCUACACCUGUCUAGUGCCUGAGUUUGUACACAGUGUGGCUGCCCUAAUGUGCAGAGCACACCAACUUACGGCCUACAGGGAGCUGCUGCUGAAAGAACCCCAUCUGCAGAGCAUGCUCAGUCUGCGCUCUUGCGUGCAGGACCCGAUGGCUGCUUUCCGCAGGGGUGUGUUGGAGCCACUCAUUAACCUGCGCAAAGAAAAGAAGAUUCCAGAAGAGGAUUACAUAAUCCUGAUCGAUGGGCUUAAUGAGGCAGAGUUUCACAAACCAGACUAUGGUGACACAGUGGCAUCCUUCAUUACCAAGAGUAUCUCAAAGUUCCCCAUCUGGCUCAAACUUAUUGUCACUGUGCGGUCCAGCCUACAGGAGAUCACCAGUUUGCUUCCCUUCAGCAAGAUCAGUCUGGACGAUUUCACAGAUAACAAGGAGAUCAGCUCAGACUUGAAUGCCUACAUCCAGCACCGUGUGAAUAGCAGCCGUGACGUCCUCAACAACGUCUCUCUGAACGGAAAGGCCGACCCUGUCACUGUGUCCAAACUGAGCUCGCACCUCAUCUCCCGCAGCCAGGGCUCGUAUCUUUACCUGAAGCUCACACUAGACCUCUUUGAGAGGGGGCAUUUGGUCAUCAAGAGCUCCAGCUACAAAGUGGUGCCCAUCUCUUUGUCUGAGAUCUACCUACUGCAAUGCAACAUGAAGUUCAGGAGCAACUCUGCAUUUGAGCGUGCCAUACCCAUCCUCAACAUUGCCCUGGCCUCUCUCCACCCACUGACGGAUGAGCAGCUCUUUCAGGCCUUGAAUGCCAGUGCAGUGCGAGGAGAAUUGCAGUGGGAUGAUUUCCAGCAGCGUAUGGACACACUCUCUGCGUUCCUGAUUAAACGGCGGGAUAAGACGCGUAUGUUCUGCCACCCAUCUUUCAGAGAGUGGCUUGUGUGGAGGGCUGAUGGGGAGAGCUCCGAGUUCCUCUGUGACCCCAGGAGUGGCCAUGCCCUGAUGGCAUUCAUGUUAUCCAGGCAGGAGGGCAAGCUGAACAGGCAGCAGACAAUGGAGCUGGGACAUCAUAUUCUAAAAGCACACAUAUUCAAGGGUCAGAGUAAGAAGACCGGAGUAUCAUCCAGCGUUCUGCAGGGUUUAUGGAUUAGCUACAGCACUGACAGCCUGUCUGCUGCUCUGGCUUCCCUAAGAAACCUAUACACACCUAAUGUCAAGGUGAGCCGUUUGCUGAUGUUGGGUGGUGCGAACGUGAACUACCGUACAGAAGUGCUGAACAAUGCGCCAGUGCUGUGUGUGCAGGCACACCUGGGUCAUCAUGAGAUGGUGGCCCUACUGCUGGAGUUUGGAGCUAGUGUGGACGUGGCAUCCGAGAGCAGCAUUAGUGCACUCAGUUAUGCUGCUGCAUCAGGACACCUGAGCCUGGUCAGUCAGCUGUGCAAGAGAGGAGCCAAGGUGGAUCAUGUGGAUAAGAAUGGACAGAGUGCUCUGGUGCAUGCAGCUCUGAGGGGCCAUCUGGAUAUCAUCCAGUACCUUCUGGAGCAGAGGUGGAGCAGAGAGGAGCAGCAACAUGAGCUCAGCUUAAAGAGCAAAGCCCUUCAGCAAGCACUGAUAGCUGCAUCCAGUAUGGGACACACACAGGUGGUGAGAGAGUUACUGGUGCUUGAUAAUGAGGUGGUCGUGCAGAUUGAUGCUCAUGAUACACUAUGGGGAGAAACAGCUCUGACAGCAGCAGCAGGCCGAGGGAAGAUGGAUGUCUGUAGAUACCUGUUGGAACAGAGGGCACAGGUUCAGCAGGUGAACAGAAGAGGAAUGUGCGCACUCUUUUGUGCAGUGAGACAGGGUCACUGGCAGGUUGCAGAUGUGUUGUUGCAACAUGGUGCAGAUGUGAACGGGAGUGAUAAGCAGGGUCGCACAUUAUUGAUGGUGGCAGCAUGUGAGGGUCAUCUCAGCACUGUGGACUUCCUCAUCUCUAAAGGUGCAUCUUUAACAUCAGUGGAUAAGGAGGGGUUAACACCUCUCAGCUGGGCAUGCCUGAAAGGACAUAAGAAUGUGGUUCAGUUCCUGGUGGAGAAGGGUGCAGUUAUAGACCACUCGGACAAGAACGGACGCACUCCUCUCGACUUGGCUGCUUUCUAUGGAGACGCAGAGAUUGUACAAUAUCUGGUGGAGAGAGGAGCUGUGAUUGAGCAUGUGGACUACAGUGGCAUGCGGCCACUCGAUCGGGCGAUAGGCUGCAGAAACACUUCAGUGGUGGUCACUUUACUCAAGAAAGGGGCCAAACUAGGUAAUGCAGCAUGGGCAAUGGCCACAUCAAAGCCUGACAUCCUCAUCAUUCUACUACAGAAACUCAUGGAAGAGGGCAAUCUGCUCUACAAGAGAGGGAAGAUGAAGGAGGCUGCUCAGAGGUAUCAGUAUGCACUGAGGAAGUUUCCCAGAGAAGGCUUUGGUGAAGAGCUGAAGGCGUUUAGAGAGCUGCGCGUCUCUCUAUUCCUCAACCUCUCACGCUGUCGUAGGAAAACUAAUGACUUUGGCCUGGCUGAGGAAUUUGCUACAAAGGCACUGGAGCUGAAGCCCAAGUCUUAUGAAGCGUACUAUGCUCGAGCUCGAGCCAAGAGGAGCAGCAGGCAGUUUACUGCAGCAUUAGCUGACCUACAUGAAGCAACCAAGCUCUGCCCAAAUAAUCGCGAGAUUCGCCGACUCCUGGCCCGAGUAGAGGAUGAGUGUAAACAAGUGCAGCGUGCACAAAAUAAACAGGGAGUGAUGAGCCAGUCCACCGUCUCUCAAGACUCUGACCAUGAGCAUGAAGAAGGGGAGGAAGAGGAAGAUGUAACAGAGAACAGCUUAAGUAGGGAGCUUCAUGAAGAGGAGGAGUCCUCUAAGAUGGACACAAGAACUGAAGCCUGGUCCCAAAGCUUCUACUCAUUUAACCGGACACUGCCAGAGUCGAGCUCUCCUCCUCCUCAUAGGCAGAGCCAGCGGCAACAGCAGCGAGAACCUCUAACACACAAGAGCCUGAUUCUACAGCCCACUAAACAAGCCCAGAUUGUCAAAACCAACCAGCACCUGAGCUCCACAUGCCCAGCAGGCACUAAGACCCAGUCACAGAACCAUGGCUCCUCCAGUCCAAUCCCUAGCCGCCACAUGUUGAAAACAGGGCCAGGCAUCGACAUCAGCCCUCUGUCGCCCCCUAGUGAAGUGGACAGGUGUCCUCUUUCUGCCACAGCUCACCAUGACAGUGAAGGGGUCCUACUGUCUGACGCGUUAGUGUCUUGUAGCUCAAGCAGGGCUACAGAGAGACUCCUGGCCCACUCAGUGAGCUCCUUAGAGGGCCUGGCUCUGUCAGCAGGACAAGGAGCUCAGGGGCAAGAGCUGAGGAAGGAGUCUGUUCAGGGAGCAGGAUCAGGCUCUGGAUCUCAGCCAGGCAGCAUGAGAGUGUCGAGCUCCACCAGCAGCCUGGCAUCCAGCAGCAGCCUGUCAGACAGUGGUAAGAUGCAUGGGCCAGAUGUUCGCACCAAAACCAGCAUGGACAAAAGCAAGCAUGCCAACCAAGAGUACAAACCCCGACCUUUCAUGGGUGUUAUGGACAAAACGGCCCGCUUUCAGCAGCAUCACCAACAGCAGGGCCAGCAGCCAGUGUCCCGCGCCUGGCAGAGUCACUCAGACAGCCACAGCAUGUCCUCAGCAGGAGUGAACAGUGAGCUAGCCUUUGUCAAACCAGGCAGCACUUACCCUGAGCAGCUUAAAUCCUCCUCUCAGGGUGUUGCUUUAGGGAGUCUGCACAAUGGCAGUCUGCACUGUACACCAUUCAGUGACAAGUUCUGUCAGGCCGCCACCUCUUACAAAGAGCCAAAGCCAGCCGUGGCCAUGGCACAUUCCUACACGGACAACAAGCCGAAACAUCCCAACUUAAGCCGAGAUAAUCCUGCCAUUCAUGUAGCUUCAAUGAAACCAAAGCGAUCCUUUAUUGAAUCCAACGUAUAAAGCCCAUUCAUAAUACAAACAGUAAUCCAUUGCUCUUCGCUCUUUCAUUUACUCUUUCAUUCUCUUUUCAUUACACUCCCUCUCUCUCUCACACACACACACAAACACAGCAAACAUCUUCAUUAAUUAAAGGGAUUUUUUUAAUCAUCUUUUUUUUUUACACUGUAUUAGGCCUUACAACUAAAUCCUAUUUAAGUUUUACUUUAAAAAAAAAAAAAAGAAAAAGAAAAAAGAAUAAUGAUUUUUUUUGUACAAUUUUUUUUUUAUAUCCUGUAAGGCCAAAAGUAUGUGCUAAUGGGCUGCUGUCGUAUCAUACUUCAGCCACACUGGAAACAAACCACUGCAAAGGGAUGCACAUAAACCCACACAGCACUUUACAAACCAUUACUGCAAAUCUGUCAAGUGCUCAUAAUAUACACAAUAGGGUUAUCUGUGGACAUUAUGUCACUGGUGCUGAAACAUAAUGAAUAAAAUGUGGCGAUUAAUUACUGAAAAAAGAAUAGAAGAGGUCAAUAAUGAGUAGACAGUUUAACCACUAGUGCAGUGCAUCUUUGAACCUGUGUGAGAAUAGCAGUUUAUUUGUCAUGCUCUAACUCGCCUCUUUGAGCUAAUCAGAUUGAAGCCUCUUAUGAGCUGAAGUAGGUGUGUUACAGGUUGAGGAAACACUACACUCUGCUCCAGGACUGGAUCUGACAAAUGGCUUUUAGCUUUGUAAAUAAUACUUGUAUUUUUCAAACCCUUUAUUUUAUGUAAAAGUUUGUCAUUGUAUUUGACUCAUUGGAAAAUUGUCUGUGUUAAGUUUGUGUGUUAUUUUAUGCACAUUUUUUCAGUUGAGAUGUUGAGGUUAUUGAAAAUAGACCCCUGUUUGUAUGUUUGUAUGCUACAUAUAAAUCUGCCCUAUAAUGUUAAAAGUUAAACUCCUACAUGCUUGUUGUUAUUUUGCUGUCUGAGAUAAUUUAUUUACAGCACCUAUGGCUUGGUAAUUGUAAAAGCAAUAUAUUUUAUAUAGUUAUUUUUGCACAGCUGCUAAAAUAUUUCAAUAAGAAGAUCUAUGGAGAUGACCUGGGUUGAGGUGCAUGUGACAGUACCAUUUUUAAUAAAGAGGAAAUGCAGUAUAAAAUGAGAGUAAUUAGGCUUGGGGGUAGGAAAUUAUAUUUUAAUAAGUAUUUUAUUUGCAAUUGUUGCCAUGUUUCAGUAAUGUGAAUUGUAUUAUUCUUUACAUGUUGUAUAGACGCAUUACUGCCAUUAUUCAACAGGAAAUAAUAAAUCUAACUGAUAGACAGCCA